AUGAAAGCGCUUCAAAUCUUCAAGGAUGGCGGGAAGGAAAGGAAACUUCAUCGAUUAUGCGCAGGAAAUGAAGCUCUCCUGGCAAAAGAAUGCGCGUUGAAGGAGAGGAGUGCUAUCUGUGCCAAGGACGAGCGAGGGUUGACUCCGAUACAUGUUGCCUGCUGCAACCUCAACUCUCAGGCUCCGGACAUUGUGGACGCCAUAGUCUCGAUCGACCCACUCUCCUGCCGUCAGGUGGACAACCUGAAGCAGCUGCCGCUGCACAUCGCGUGCAGGAAUGAGGGCGGGGAGGAGGGAGACACCCCCAACGUCGUCAAGUUGGUGAGGGUCCUCGUCAAGUACUACCCCCAGGCCGUGACUGAAGAGGACAUGGAUGGGUUGCUGCCUGUUCAUUGGGCAAUGCGGAACCCUGUCAAGGGCAUCAGCGAGGCAGUGGAGCUUCUCCUCAAGAUCUACCCUGACAGUGCCGUCGCCCAGCCCUACUGCAUUGGAGGCCUCGGGGUCGACAGCUUCUGGAACGAGCUGGCUGAGAUCUUGAGGAGGACAGACGGGUUGCAACAGAGGAGGGAAACCUUGUCGAAUGCUGUGAUCGCCAAGACGAGGUCAUGGCCGACGGGGCAUUCGAACAUGGCGGCGUUCGAUUGCGCGUACGAGGACAUCAGGUUCAUGUGCCCUGUGCUGCAGAUGAAGAGGAUCUUCUUCACCGCUCUGAGGGACCGGGUCGCGAUGCUCUACAACCAGGGCCAGAAGAGAACGCAUAAAAGGAAGUCCUUGCAGGCGUUUGCCUCCUCUUACUGCGACAAGCUGGUCGGGAAGAAGAGCUCUGCGUCGAGUGAGGAGGGCGUCUCGAGGGCGCACCCGUCCCUGAGCACGUCCUCCAUUUUCACGACAGACAAUCUGGUGUUCUACAGAGAGUGGUUGGUGGCAUCCUCCGACCUCCCCCAGCUCCUGUUGAAUGUGAAGCACUUGCCGCAGAUUUACACCCCCAGUCUGAUAGGAUCCCUUACUUCCAUGCAGGAUGCCUGGUACAGGAAGCUGCAGCGGAUCGCUCCCAAGGAUAUCCUCGUGCUGCGCGAGCACAUGCCGGUGCACCUAGUAGCGGCGCACGAGGGGGAAGACGCGGUGUUGAUGCUGGAUCUGCUGAUGAACCUGGACAAGAGAGGGAUGGAAAUGCGCAACUGCCUUGGGCAGAGCCCUCUGCAUGUCGCAUGCAGCAACGAGAGCGAGUUCGCGGAGGAGUUGGUGUCGAAGAUCUUGGAGAACAACCCUGAGACAGCCUUUGCGCAAGACCACAAGGGAAUGCUCCCCCUCCAUCACAUCUGCUUGAACAGCGGGCCCGUGGCAGGAUCGAUAGCAGGCAGGCUCAUCUCUGUGUACGCUCCUGCUGCCCAGGUCGCGGACGACUUCGGUCGCCUCCCCAUCGAGUGCAUCCCCUUCUCUGCCAGCGACAGCGUCGGAGAGCUGAUCAAGUCUGUGGUGCGAGCGUUCCCUGCGGGAGCAAGGAUCCUCGACAAGGAGGGGAACAACAUCCUCCACCGGGCGAGCAGGUCGAUAGGGCUGAAUCCCAAGAUCCCAGACAUCCUUGAGUCUUUCUUGGACCUCAAAAUUCGUCCCAACGCAUGCUCCCUCUACAACUUCGAGAAGAUGCUCCCCAUGCACAUCGCGGCUGUCUCGCAGGAGGAGGACGCGUCUCGGUGCAUCGAGAUGCUGGCAGACGCUUACAUCCCCGGCUCGUGGGCACAGGACGCCAACGGCGACACCUCCUUGCACAUCGCGAUCCGCAACAGGAACUUGGAGUCCGUGCGGGUGCUGACAAACAAGGGGAGGGACAAGGCCCAGCACAUUCAGAAUUCAGAGCACAAGUUUCCUCUCAACCUCGCGAGCUCUCGAGCUUUCCGUGAGGUGAUCUGUCACCGGGGCAACAGCGAGCAGGGCGAUACGUUCCCCAGGAGGAUUGCGGACUUCCUGUCCAUCGUCUGGUUCGGCGUGUCCAUCGUCGGCACCGUCCGCACAGUGAAGGGGACGAGCUUCUGGUGGUUCCAGAUGCAGAUUGCGCUGCUGGUCGCGUGGUUUGCAGUGUCCUUGCUGUACCUUCUUGUGGUGCUGCACGUGAUACAGCGGGGGAAUUGGGUGUCAAAGUUGAUCAUCAAGGUCAUCCCAGCGCUCAAGGAGCACCAGGGGUUCCUCUUCAUCAUGCCGCUCUCCAUUCUCCAGGUCUACUUCAACCUCAAGUACUUCGACAGCUUCCAGCUCUCCGACCAGAUCGUCCUCGCGUCAGCGUGCGUGCUCGUCUCGCAGCUCGCGCUGCUGGAGGACGGCUCUCGCUUCCAUGCUCUGGAAGUCGUGCAGGGCCUGUCCUACCUCGAGGUCUUUGUCCUCUUCCUCUUCCGUGUCAUGGAGUUCAUGGCUCGAGUGACCGUGCUCGCCAUCGCUGCCCUCGACCUCGUCCACUGCAACGAGGAGACUUGCACUGUGAAGGAGACGGUGGCUAUCAUCUUCUUUGUCGAAGUCGCCCUCCUCCUCGUCUUCCUCCGCGUCACAGCCUCUCAAACCUUGCUCAGCACGGAUUUCACAGAGCAGUUCUUCCUUGGAGCUUCCAUCGUCUUCAAUCUUAUGGCUGUGUUCUCCACUCCUCCCCAGACCAUGAUCACGUAUCUGGGGCUGGUGCAGUCGGAAACAGCCUUCAUUGGAGAAGUCAAGCUCCUCGAUGCAUUCAUCCUCCUCUCCAUCCGCGCCCUCUCCAACUGCGCCUACCUUGCCGUUGCCUACAAGCUGGAUCCGGCCUACAGCCUCUGGGAGAAUCAGACGAAGACGCUGGUCAUGAUCGCUGCCAUCAUCAGCAUACCAGGGCAGAUGUUGUUCGCGUACAUCCGGUACAUCCUGUGGAGCACGAUAGAGCAACAGGUGGACGUGCGGUUCAAGCUCAUGAGCAAGAGAGAGAAGAUCCUCAACUCGCGCAGUCACGACACGUCGGCCAACGAUCAGAUGAAGUUGAUCAAUCACUCCAUCCUCACGCUAGGAAAGUUCUACCUCAACUACCGCGCCAGGAUGGAGCGGGAGGAGCAGAUUGUCUCUGACAACUCCGCCGUGAUCGAGACGGAGCCCGGCAUCCCGAAGCGUAUGAAGAGAGCUAGAGGACGACAGCCGGGCGAGCGUGAAAUUCUCCCACUCAUGAUCCCCGGACAGAAUUUUGACCCAGAGAUGUCGUCGCUGCAUGAGAUUGUCCCCAAGAUCUCGCUGAAAGCCACUGAGACUCCAGGAUGCAAAUGGGAGGACAUUCUUGAGAGCGAGCCUGCCUUGAGGGGACAGAGUUUUUAUAUGGACCAGCUGCUCGAUCAAGAUGUGUUCGAGGACUUCCGGGAGAUCCACGACUCGUUUCUUCCAUUAGAGCCAACCUACAUGGCGACUGAGGGGUUGGGAAAAUUCCUGAUGAGGAGCUGGUCGAACGGCAUUGUCGUGUGCCAACUUGUCUUCUCAAACGCACACCUUGACAGGCGAACUUGGAUGGUCAGAGCGACGCUGCAGAACUCGCUGCAUCGGAAGCAACAAAUCUCCAAGGCACAGACAGUGAGGACCUACCGAGCCGAGGAGGCUCCGCUUUCCCUCAACCCCAUCAGGCUCAAAGUUCUCAUCUCAGAGCUCAUCCGCUGCUCUCCCGACCAGAUCGAAGUUCACAGCAACGAGCAGCGCGAGCGAGUCCGCACGGACCAGUCAGAGGCCACGAUCAGCCUGCUGCCCUCUUCCUCCGUCCUUGACCGCAGGACCCCCGAGCAGCUGCUGAUCGAGAUGGAGAGGACGAUCAUAGAGCUGGGUGAGAUGCGGAAACUCUCCUUCCCUCUCUCCCACGUCGUUCAGGUCGUCCCAGUCGAGCUCCCUCCCUCCCCCUUCCGCGAACACGCCGCAAACUUGGCAGCUGAUGUCAGCGCUCUCUCCCUCCCAUGGAAUGAGCACGCCGGGGAUCAAGACGUGUACGCUGGCGUGAUGUACGAGGAGGAGGGGAAGGACAACGAGGGCGAGGACGAGGACGAGGACGAGGACGAGGACGAGGACGAGGACGAGGACGAGGACGAGGAAGAGGACGAGGACGAGGAUGAAAAGGUUGAGAAUGAAGUUGGAGCGCGUCAAGAGGAGAAAAGAGAAAAACAGGAGGAGGUGGUGGUGGAGGAGGAGUGGCAGAAGGAGCAGAAGAAGGUUGACACGGGAUCAAACGGUGCGAGGGCUCGGCAGGCGGAGGUUCCGGUUCAUCAGCAGUCAAGUCCAGCUGCACCCCAGCUGAGGCCUGAGGUGUCAAACCGAGCGCAGAGGGUGGAAGAGGAGAGGAGGCGGAGGAUCGAAGGAUCGAGAGCUCCCAGCAUACCUCCAGCUGCCCCCUAUCAGCACGGGACGUCGCCGUCUGGCUCGAGCAGCUCAGGACUUCGCGUCUCUUCCCCCUCGCACUUUGUGCACAGAUCUCCCUAUACCAACGAAGCGUCAUCCUCUCCUCCUCCUCGCGUCUUCAGCCCCUCGCCCUCCCCUGCUCCUCCUCGCGCCUUCAGCCCCCGCUCCUCUGCUGCUAUUCCUGCCUCCCUACAGCUGCAUGAUCGUCGUUCUCUUCCUAAGUUGCUCCAGAGCAACCGGGAAGAUGAGCCACAAACGGUCACGGUCAAGAUCUUUGACAAGCCAGCUGGAGGAGGGACGGGAAGUGGGGCGGAGAGGCGAGGGAGGAGCGAGAAGAGCUCUGUGUUUGCUGCCUUGGACAGGCCGUCAGAGAAGAUGGAGAGCGAGAAAGAGAGGAAGGAGAAGAAACUUGAGCAGGUCGAGAGGAAGGGACGACCUGAUAUGGAGCAAGUCAACGGCGCGGGAGUAGCGACGAGGAGGCCUGUGACAGGAGGGAGCGAGAGGAAGAGCGAGAGACUGCUGGUCGAAGGAUGGCGACGAGCAAGCGCGCGAGAAGGGAGAGCAUCGGAGAUCAAGUGGGCGAGUGCGAUCGCACAGGAGGAGAUCGAUAGCGGAAUUUCCGGUCAGAAGAAGAGGAGGAUGGAUGAAGAGGGGCGGGUGGGGAGGCAGGAGAGGCAUUCCCCAUCAGAGGUGAAGGAGACGCAGGAGGAGACGACGGGGAGCGAGAGGGACAUUCGAAGGAGACUGAAACAGCUCAUCAGGAAAGACAUCAGAAGGUACAAGUCACAGCGCGACGUCGUUGGGAAAGUAGAUCUGCAAGACAUCGCCUACGCGUGA